CGGCGGUGGUGGUCGACCGGCGGCUGGCGGAAGGAAGGCGUCAGUGAACGGGGGAGCACGGAAUCGGAGAGAACCGCGGUGGUGGCUGCCUCCAGGAGUCGAACGUGGCGCAAGAAUCGUCCGUGUCGUGCGUGCGCGCGUUGCUAAGACACUCGCUUCGUUGCUCGUCGCGCAAGGAACAGAAGGAAGGAGAGGAAGAGAAAGGAAAAGUGUGGACAGGGUGGUUGAUUCGUUCGAGGAAGCUCAAAAGAGUGUUGUUCUUCGAUCGAGUGGUGUUCUCCGUUUCUUUCUUUCUUUUUCUUCUUUUUUUUUUUCCCUUCCCCUCCCCACGAGAAACGCGUUGAACGGGAUAUAAGGCGGUCGUCAGAGGCGUCGAGGGCGAGAGGGCGUGCAGGAGGGCGGGAGGGGGGAGGGCAGGCGACAGGGAAGGAUGUCGAUGCGCCGCCGGUGGUCGGUUUCGGGGGUUGACUCGCGCCGCGGGGGCGAUGAGCGCACUUCCCUCCGCCCUGAGACUGACCUGCUGCCGUUCCUGGCUCCUGCUCAUCUUCCUAGUUUGCCUGGUGUCCGGCUGCACCUGCCGCGGCACGCGACCGGAUCGCCUGACUCGCCAAUUACCGGCAGAUGAUGACGUGCGCGUAUCCAACUACGACGACGACGACGUCGACGAAGACUAUCAGGACAACGUCACUGCGAAGGGGCAGCAGCUGGGCUCGCCGUGCGAUGUCUCGUGCAAUCCGAAACUGCAGCACGUGUUCUGCGACACGGUCACUGGUUUCUGCGAGUGUGAAAAAUUCUAUCCAGUUCGUCUCGGCCCCUCGAAAGGAUGUGCCAAACCUAAAAGACUCGGGGAGCAAUGUUUCUACCGCGCGAGUUGCACUUUUGCGGAUCAGCACUCGACCUGCACCCAGGUGCAGCACAAUGCCGUAUGCGACUGCGAAGAGGGUUACCAUAGAGUUUCCUUGUCCAGGCCUAGCAAGAAGGUGUUCUGCGCCGAAGAUCUGGUGCUGAUAACGACAGAUAUUCCGACCCUGCUCUGCAUAGCAUCGGGAAUAGCGGUGUUCACGGCGAUGAUAUGCUUCGUGCUCAAGUUAUUCAGCCGCGCGAGAUACUCAAGACCGCGGCACUAUGCCAACGCCAAUCACGCGCCUCCUAUGCUCUUCUCCAGCGACACGGGUAUUCCAUUGACGCUUCACGGUGGCCGGCCGUCCUCGCGUUCCAGCCAGAGGAGCAGCACAGGAGGACCGUUGACCUACGCAUUCUCGAGGAGGCCUAGCAGCGGUGGUAGCCGCGGUCCCCUGGUACCAUCGUCGAGAGCAGGUGCGGCACGUGCCGCCGCCAUCUUGCUUAUAUCGUGUCACCUGCAGGCGACCAAAGGCGGGAACAAGCAUCGACGUACCCUUAGCGAUGUUGCUGAGGGAUCGUCCGACGGCCUCGGUUCACGUCGCCCUAGUUUAACGUCGGUUCACAGUUCGACGUCCUCGGCGCGAAGUUACAGCGCGAGACGGCUCGAGAAGGAGAGGAACGAGAAGGAGCAGAGGCAAGCUUUGCAGGAGUUGAGAUUGGCGAAACAACGGGAGCAACAGCAGCGGGAGCAGCAGCAGCAGAUCGCGCCCACGCCCAGCCCUAGAACGCCUCAUUCCAUGGACGAGCUGUUGCCCUCCGUGGAGGAGGGAAAGGAAGUGUUUUAUAACGAGCAGGUGCCGACGACGUCGGACAUGAUCGAGGAAACGUCGAUGAAAACAACGGCCGUAACGACAACCAACAUAAACGCGAGCAGAUUCGGCGAAAUGGCUCCCGUCACAACCUCGACAACGUCCAUCUUCGAAACGAACAUCGCGCCCCGCGCCACCGGUGACAUUUUUCAAGUGUAGUUAAGGACAUACAUAAUUAAUCGACGAACUAAUAUAACAACUCACCGUGACUCGAGUCGAACGGUACGAGCUACUAGUGAGAAGGGACGAGGAAGAAUUUUCAUUACACGAAUUACGUAGCAGCACAGUUCCGUAAUAAAGCUAAACAAAAAAAGAAAAAAAAACAAAAAAAAAAGGGAAGAGAAUGUCUCGAGUAUAAGAAAUAAAUGAGAAAUGGCGGGGAACGGGUUUAAUUAAAAAGAGCGAGCGGUUAAAAUAUGAAACACGAAUGUCUCCCCGCGUGCGAAGGGAAAGAGAGAGAAAAAAAGAAGAAGAAGAAGAAGAAGAAGAAAAGUGCUCUGGACACGGUGCUUUUUUUGAACGAAUAAAAAAAAAAAAAAGAAAUUGUAGAUACACAAAUGGGUACAAAGGAGGGAGGCAUGCAGAGUUGUUAAAGUUGAAGUUUUUGCUUGAGCCACGCGCGAAGGCCUAGAAUUUAUUCUAAAAAAAAUGAUAUGUUUUUAUUACCUAGGUACGAAAGGUACAGCUUUCAGUAAUAAAAAAAAAAAAAAAAAAAAUUGAUAAGAUCGAACCAGUUAAGAUCGUUCAACUCUAGAAUACGUAAUAUUCAGGAAUGUACCUGAACGUAGGUAUAUGAAGGGUAUAUGAACAGUAGUACCUGAACAUAGGGGUGGUACGUGAAGUUGAAAAGGUGUGAAGAGAUUUCGCGAGAAUUCUGAUCCAGCAGCGAAAUAUAUUUCCUUGUCCGUGAUUAUUGUUAAAUGAUCAGAUGAUAUAAUUUCGAAUCGUGAAAGUAUAAACGGGAUAUGUUAAUUAAUGAUCGAAUUUUUUAACUCGUUUUCCUUUUAAAUUGGAAGAAAAAGAUACGGAAAGGAUGAAGUGAUGCAAGAUUCUUUUCGAUAAUUCAAUUCGAUCGUUUUACGGGUAAGAAAGAUUUGGUAUCCCAAAUAAUGAUUUUUUUACGAUAUUUUUUUAAACAUUCUCGAUUAGAAUUAUUGGUUCAAUAGAUAGAAUCUUUUAUUUAAAAUUCACGGACAAAUUGUCGAGAAUAAAUACAAUUGAUCGAGGACGAAGAUGAAGAUUCGAAUUAAUAUUUUUGAAUGCUCGGUACCACGAUUACGAUUUACUUACAUAUCAAUAAUUGUUUUACGAAAUAUCCACGAAGAUUUUUAUCUAUCGAGUUUUAUAAAUUCACAUUUCUUCCUUUCCAAUUUAUUAUCUUCUUGCUUAAAUCUUAUCGAUUUAAUGACAUAUCAGUGAGGAAAGAAAAUUGAAAUUCAAACUAUUAAAAAUAUCGUUCAAGAUAUUAAGAAACAAAUGGAAAAAUAAUUAUACCAAUAUUUCUAUAAUUAUUCACGCACGAGUAUACUCGAGUCCGCAUAUUCCAGAAUUCGAUAGGAAAGAAAAAAAAAAAGCGAAAUUGCAUUUGUCAAUGUUUAUACGUGUAUUUAAAAACCACAAAAACAUACACACACACACACAUACGUAUACAAAUUCAAAGAUAUUUGAUUUCACUCACGUGUUAAAAUAUCGAUGCGUUUGAUAAUUUCGUUUGCUUGAACGGAAUUUUCUGCGACAAAAUGCAAUCGGCAGGGCAUUCUCGAGUGGGUCGAGGCUAAACAUACCUCUAAUCUUAGGUAAACUACUCUGUGAGAACCAAAUGGGAAAAAGUGAAAAAAAUAUCGGGCUGGUGCUUGGACGAAACCAAGAUGUGGCACCAGCCACAAGAAUUGUAUAAGAAACGCUAAAAAAUAUUUAAAAAAAAAAAAAAAAAAUUGUGCUAACGACUAUUGCGAUCUCGUUAUCUCGCUUUUCUGCGACCGAAACUGCGUGAAGCACGGGCGGUUUCACUGUUUUUCUUCGAACAAACGGACACAUUGACCAAGAAAAAUUCAGUGGAAAACUAUUGAGAUAAAGAAAAAUUCCUUUUUUUUUCCGAAUAUACAUAUAUAGUUGACAGAGGUACGAAAUUAUUUAUCUCGAAUGGAGGUAUCAUCGUUCGAGGUACAUCGUGAAGAUUAAGUAAUGAAAUAUUUCGUUGAACGAUCUACGAUGACUAUUUCACGGUACACAAUUACACGAAACGUUGGAAAAGAAUAAAUUUUAUUUCUUGCGAUAGAAGAAACAAGCGAAAAAAAUAAAAGAAAAUUAAAUCCUUUAUCUUUCUUUUCUUCUAAUUCAUUAUUAUAAAUAAUUAAUAAAUUACGUUAUACGCUCGUAUUUCAUAAAUGCCGAUAAAAAGAACCGUCUCGUUGCAUCGAUGCAUAUGAUUUUUCCGAGUCGCUCGGCUCGCCAAUUGUAAAUUAGUAGAAGAUAAAAAAAAAUCGUUAAAAUUAUAUAUAUAUUCUAUAUAUACAUAUUCUAUAUAUACAUGUAUAUACGUAAGAAAGCGAACAUGCACGAGGGGUAUUGUGUUGCAUUUUCACUCACCUGAGAGAGAGAAACCGAUGAUUGAAAAAAAAAAGAAAAAAAAAAAA